UCCAUCCGGCAGCGGUCAGCCAACCUCGAAUCCAUCGCAUUUCAAAUUGCAGACGAAAUAUGGUGCCGGACGAUUAAAGAAUCAAAAUUUCUCCGAUUCAAAUUCUCCGGCAGUCUUAGAAAGAGAUGUCUAGUCUCUCCAGCAGUAGUGGUAGUGACAGUGCUUUUGAUAUUGAGGAAUUAUUACAGUUUCAGACGAGAUGUGAAGAGCUAAGGAGGGAGAAGGACAUUUUGAGAGAGUCAAAAACCCAAAGCUUUCAAUUAAUAAGAAAGUUGGAGCUACAUGUGAAGACAUUAUCUCAAACACACACUGAUGGUAUCAAACGCGCACAGGAUCUGGAAAGAGAGUUGAGGAACUGCUCUCAAGAGAUAGAUUACCUUCAAGAUCAACUGAAUUCAAGGAAUGAAGAAGUUCACUCCCUGGUGGAACAUGUUCACAGACUAGAGAUAGAACUUGUUGACACUAAAAUUUUAGAGGAAAAAGUUGGCAGUUUGAAAGAAGAGCUCAAGAGUUGCAACUCAGAGAGAGUUGUAUUAGAACAGGAACUGAAGAGAAAGGAAAUAGAGCUGAAAAAAUCAUCUUCUCUGGUAGAAAGACUCGAGGAAACAACAUCGUCUCUUGCAUUUAUGUAUCAGUGUGAAACGGAGAGUAUGAAGCUUGAGCUGUUGAACUUGGAGCGGAAUUUAAUAGAAGCUAAGAAACUUCAGGAAGAAGCUGUUCAAGAGAAAACGAGGAUGAUCGAAUUGUUUCAGGAGGCACAAAAGACCAAUGAACGUUUAAGGGAAGAGAAUAAAGAAUUUAAGGAGAAAUUUCAAAGUGUUUGUGGAGAUGAUCUGGGACUCCUCCUCUCAAAACUGACAAUAAUAGGAGCUCCUGCUGGCACAGAAUCCAUGGAUAAGUCCGAGAAAUUAUCAUGUCAUGAAUACAAAAUUCUUGUGGAGCAACUUAAGGAAGAACUUAAAUCAGAAAAGUUGAAGGCAAAGGAAGAGGCUGAGGACUUAGCCCAAGAAAUGGCAGAACUAAGAUAUCAUCUCACCGGUUUGCUUGAAGAAGAAUGUAAACGGCGGGCUAGAGUUGAACAAAUAUCUCUGCAGAGAAUAACUGAAUUGGAGGCUCAGAUACAGAAAGAACAUAAGCCUUUUCCUAUGGCCAGACAUAUAGCUGAAACAUAAAGUGGAUUUUUGCUGGAGAGAUUCGGUUUGAUGUUCAGUUUCUUGUUUAUGGUUCCUUAAUGUUACCAUCUGCAUUGGAUUUGAGCUUCUUGAAGAUUUCUCGACAUUUAUUUGAAAGAUCUUCAAAUUGAAAACAACCCGAGGGAUUGCUACUUGUACAUAGAGAGGUAAAUUUUGGUAUUUUUUGCAACACAAAUAGAUGAUUUCAUAUAUACAGUGUGUAGUGUUUGUUUCUCUCAUAUUUUUAACUUAUCUUUGCCACAAUUUUUUAUCAUUGUAUUAAAUAUGGAUGGAAUUGAGUUACUUUUAUUUUAAAUGAGAAUUGAAUUUUAAA